GUGGCGGCUACUUCCGGUGUGUAAGUCGAGCACUGUGCGGUAGAAGUAGGCGAGCUAGCUGAGCUACGUUUCAUUGGAGGCAAUCUAGUAACGGCGCUUGACCGACCUCUUCACUCAUGUUUUCCCGCUUUGUGUCUUUCCUGCCGCUUCUUGUGCUGGCCGCUCCCGCACACGCUCACGUCUUCAACCUGGACACGCUGUCCAACGCGUCCUUGUACUAUUUUAACUACAUUUACUGCAACAUUUGGGAGGGCGAGUGUCAGCCUCACCAGGAUGAUGCGACGCAGCAAGUUCCUACCAGGGACUUUUGGGCCGGUUUCCCCCAGGAUUACACGGAACUGCUGUACCGCUGGUACUGCAACCUGGGUCAGUGCUGCGAGUCUGGAGACUGCAGGGUGACCAACAACAUCACUGGUUUGGCUCACGAUCUCCAGAACAAGUUGCAUGGGCAGCACUUGGCCCAGUCUGUGGUUCUGAAAGCAAUCCAGGGUUUCAUCAACCACCCAGAGUCCAACAAACCCCUCACGCUCUCCUUCCACGGCUGGUCGGGUACCGGGAAGAACUUUGUGGCCCGAAUGGUUGCUGAUAAUCUUUAUCGUGACGGGGUGAAGAGCGAGUGUGUCCGCCUGUUCAUCGCCCCGUUUCACUUUCACCACGCCAGGAUGGUGGACACGUACAAGGGUCAGCUGAAAGACGCCAUCCGGGACACCGUCCUCCGAUGUUCCCAGACUCUGUUCAUCUUCGAUGAGGCCGAGAAAUUGCACCCGGGCCUCAUCGACGCCAUCAAACCAUACAUGGCCCACUACGACAACGUGGACGGGGUCAACUACCGAAAGGCCAUCUUCCUCUUCCUCAGUAAUAUCGGAGGAGGAGCGAUCAACGAUGUCGCAUUGGACUUUUGGCACUCUGGUCAGAACCGAGAAGACAUUGGGAUGGAGGAUUUGGAACACCGACUACGAGCCGAAACAAUGGAAGCUCAAGGCGGUUUUUCGAAGAGCGAGCUGAUGUCCGGUCACCUGAUCGACUUCUUCGUGCCCUUCCUACCUCUGGAGUACCGUCACAUCAAGCUGUGCGCGAAGGACGCCUUCGCCGCGCGAGGCCUGCAGACCGACGAGGCCACGCUGGAUGAGGUGGCCAAGGCCAUGCUCUACAUUCCCAAGGAGGAGAGACUGUUCUCGGCCCAGGGAUGCAAAUCCAUCCCUCAGCGGAUCAACUUCUUUCUUCCUUAGAAGAUAUGAGAGAGAGAGAGAGACACGUCUGGAGUAGAUGUGCGGUGCGCGCCCUUACGGGUACGAAACACGCAAUUCCAGGUUACUCGUGCACGGUUACCAAGAGCACUUCCUACAUGAGCGGGAUGAACAAAGGGCCGUCGCAUCAGUCGCGCGGGAGCGAAGGAGUGCGCGGCUCUUUGUUACAGAUGCUCGCUUGACACGAACACCACACGGUUGACAACAGUGGGGGAAGUCAUUAUCAAAGGUUUGCUUACGAAGAAAAAUUAACAUAGAGGGCAGUAAAAGUUUUCAUGUUGCAAUUGAAUGGAAAGGCUAGUCACCAGUUUUUGAAGACCCACAUGAUGUUGUGUUCAAUUAUUACAUGCACACUGAAUCUACCAAAUGAAAUAAUUGACACUCCUUUCACCGUGAAAAAAAACACAUUUUGAGUCCGCCUUAUUUUUGUUCUUUUGUAAACAGUAGAAUGAAGAAAGUUUUAACAAUGCAACCAUUUCUAUCUGUUGACUGACUGAUCUCAUCUAGGGUGGCCCGGUAGUCCAGUGGUUAGCACGUUGGCUUCACAGUGCAGAGGUACCGGGUUCGAUUCCAGCUCCGGCCUCCCUGUGUGGAGUUUGCAUGUUCUCCCCGGGCCUGCGUGGGUUUUCUCCGGGUGCUCCGGUUUCCUCCCUCAUUCCAAAAACAUUGCGUGGCAGGCUGAUUGAACACUCUAAAUUGUCCCUAGGUGUGAGUGCGAAUGGUUGUUUGUUUCUGUGUGCCUUGCGAUUGGCUGGCAACCGAUUCAGGGUGUCCCCCGCCUAUUGCCCGAAGACAGCUGGGAUAGGCUCCAGCACCCCCCGCGACCCUAGUGAGGAUCAAGCGGCUCGGAAGAUGAUGAUGAUCUCAUCUAAAAUGGCAAUCACUACCAUCUACUGGUGGUUGUGCAUCAGUAAAGCUGUUGUCCCCCCCCCCCCAAGCUUGAAAUUAACAUUGGAGCAUCUUUAGACUUGUGUAAAGAAAGACCCGAAAAAAUGGAUUCAACUCCUUAACUGCGCUAAAGGAAAUGUUGAGGGGGAAAACUGAAAGGUAAUUAUUAUUAUUUUAUUUUUUUUACAGUAACAAUACACACUAUCUGCUCGGCUUAAUUUGUCACAAUUAUAGUUGAUGCUUAACACAGGAGAUUAUUUUUUUUGUAAGGGAGCUAAUUUACAAUUUCAAAAGGGAUCAAGUAAUUAUUUCCCCUACUGUACAGACUGUGUAAAAAGUAUGGGGACACUUUUUUAAUGCUCCUUUUCCACUCUCCUCAUUGAGACAUUGUAUAAGAAAAUAGCUUCACAAAACCAAUUUCAGCUCGGUGGGAGUCUGGAUAUGUUGAUUUAUUUUCAUUUGAGUCACUAGUAUUCAAUGAGGUUUUUUUGCACAGUACAAUGUUUAGCCACCCUCCACUUAUAUUUAUAUUGCAUUCUAUUUAUGUGGUCAGGUUUCAAGUGUUGCUACUGUAUAUUUGACUUUCUUUGUCGACUUAUGUGUCGCACGUAUUGGUGUUGGUAAUGUUAAAGGGCAAUAUGGAGCGUAAUAUUGAAAAGCAAUUCAUGUACUGAAAUGCAUUGUAUCAAAAUAUGUUUUCAUGAUUACUUCCAAAUACUUUUUAAUUACUAAGGUAAGAGAAAUUCUAUCACGUGUUUUGUUUUGAUGUAUUUAUAAGUGCUGAAUAUGUUAACUUUAGGUCAUAGGUUUUAUUGUCAUGUGAUUUUGCUGUUGGAAUUUUUAAAUUUCACAUCUUGGUACGAAUAUAAAAAGAAAACCUCCCAUUGUUUCUGUUAUGCCCAAACCCAAAUGAAGAAAUAAUAAAUGCUCGGUGCUUUGUCCCCAUAA